CUACAAUUCUACGUAUAUUUUGAAUCUGACGCGUUUCCAAACAAAACAUGUCAGUUAUGAAUCAGCUGUCCAAUCACGCUUUUUUGUCUAGAAUCAUUCUUUUAAUAUGCGGACUUUUAUAUCCAGCGUACUGUUCUUAUAAAUGUAUCAAAUCCAAGGAUGUUAAAGGUUAUGUCAGGUGGAUGAUGUAUUGGGUGGUUUUUGCAACAUUCACUGCUUUCGAAACCUUUGGCGAUAUUUUGAUAUCAUGGUUUCCAUUUUACUAUGAAUUUAAAGUCUUAUUUUUGAGUUACCUUCUGUCACCAGCUAAGGGUAGUACUAUUGUUUACCGCAAAGUUAUCCAUCCCAUAUUAUCGGAGAAUGAAGCAUUUAUAGAUGCUAAAAUAGCAAAUAUGAAAGAACAAUGUAUGCAAUUUGCAAGCAAUUUGGGUCUAAUGCUGUAAAAGUAGCCAGUACUACAAUUGUGCAGUCUGCUGCAAAAUACAUUCCAAAAAGUGUAUCAGACUUUGCAUUGAGUGCUCAAAGCGAAACCUCUGAAGGCCGCCCUGUGAGAAGAUCCCAAUCAAAUGACGUUGUUGAUCGAGGUUUUGAAUCGUCAGACGACAUAUCAGAGGAUACUGGAAGUUGUGCGAGAAGUAGAUCAAUUAGAACCAAACCAAUUACAAGAAGAACAAAACGUAAUGUGAAAAAUUCACGUUCUACAUUAAGAGACCAAGCAGCAGAUGUUGACAUCUGAUGUGGUCACUAAUAUAAGUUUUAAUAAUAUUCUCAUUGCCUUAUGUGAUAUGCAAUUGCUGCUACAAAGACAUUAGUUUUAAGUUAUGAAAUAGUCCAUGUAAUACAGUGAUCUCUCUAAAGUCUGAUAGAAAUUUUUUAAGUAUUGGUCGGCCUACUAACUUGAAUUGAAACCAUGAAUCAUGUUAUCAUCAUAUAUCAUAGCCCUAGUCAUAACGUAUUACAGUUAGAAUUAUUUUUCAUUUUUAUAAAAUUGAUAAAAAAUGUAUUUUAUUAUCUUAUGAAAUAA